UCAGGAUUCAGUUUGUCGUGAAUAUCUGCUCGAAACGGUUGUAUAGCGCCAGUAAGUUCAAAAAAUACAAAACAAAUUACCCCCAACAUAGAAUCCCCUUUGCGACCAAAACGAACGAACAAACAAACGACCGACCCCCCUUAAACUCAAUCUCUGGAGCCUUGUUUUGAAUAUUGUUUUUUUUUUUGGUGCAAAACUGACGUGCGAUUAUUUAACUUUUCAGUCCUUGUUCGUCCUUCGGAAACGUUCAUUUGUCAAAAUUUCCAUGUCUCACGUGAAAGUUGGCAAUAACGCUUAAGACCAUCAAGUAUUAGUGAUGUGCAAAAGGAGUGUGUGAUACUUCGCUUGUAUAGUUCAUAAUAUAAGUUCGUACAUUCGUGUGUAGGUACGCCAAAGGUACCAACGUCGACGAAGACGACGACGAACACAGAAGAAGUUAUUAAUUAAGGAUAUUCAUGCUAUCAUUCGUCAUCCGGUUACAAACCACCAAAAAUAAAAAGGAUUACGUUUUGUGUGUUUAGAUAUACGAGUAUUUUGUCCUGGAUUUAAUUAAGUGGGUCUUUAAAGCAAUGGAGUUAGUGGUGUAAUCCGAGAUGUUAAAGUCCUUUUUGUUGUAGAGGUACGUCUACAACGACAAAGUCAACGUCAACGGCGGUGAUGACGACGACGACGACAACGACAACGUGUGUUUAAAGAUUGGUGAUGAAAAAUGAUCCUUUAAUGUUAAGCAGUAUAUAAAAGGGUGCAAAAAAAUUAUUAUUAUUAAAAGGAUAUACCGUAUAUAUAGCUACACCUACCCCAUCAAAAAAUAAAAAUGAAAAAGGCAGAAAAAUAAAAUCAAAGUGCGUGAUAUAAAUUUUGUCGGUGUCAAAUUGAAAAGGGAUAACACGUUGUUGUUUUUGUUAUUUUUGUCCGUUUGGUUUGGUUUUGAUUUCGUUCUUAUGGCAAAACAAACACAUUUAUAUUCAAGCAAAAUGGCAAAAGGAUAUAAAGGAGCUGGCAGUUAAAAUGUAUCGUCAACACUGAUGCCAACAUAAGGAAAUCAUUAAAAUACAUGAAAAACAUUCAUCACAACGCUUUUUGAAAAUGCUAAACCAAAUAAUCCCAUUGCUCCUCUCACUGACAGAUGACGUGCCUUCUUUAAAAAACUUAAUAAAAAAUACGACACAAAUACAACAAAAACGACAACUCAAACAUAACACACACACUACCAAACAAUAAAUACAAAAGUAAAAAAGUAGAAACAACAGCGAGCGACAUCAGAGCAGCAAGCAGAGAUGAAAAAUUGCAAAUAUUUCAAAAAAUCCCAGCGUGUCCAGUGGUCAGACAGACGGAAAGACUGCGGUUGUCAUCCGUGUCAGUGAAGAAGAUGAGGUGAACCCUAUAUCCAACUGCCAUAUCCAGGAGAGACAAAUCGAAAAAAGGAAACAAAAAGAAAAAAAAAUAAACGACAACAAGAGCAACUGGAAAAAAACAUCCUUCCAGGAUAUACACAGUUUUACAUAUGAUGUUUGCACGGACAAAAUUCACAAACAAGCACCACCGACACCAUAUCCAGCCAUUGCCGGAUGGCCUGAGGAUAUUGCGAAAUCAAACGGAACGAACCCCAAAUUUAAGCGAGACAGAGGCAGAAAUAGAGUCAGCAUCAGACUCAGGAUCAGAGGCACAGCAACAGCAUAGCAUCACUAGGCAACCGUGUUCAACGUAGGAAGGUAUACGCUUCCUUUACCUACCAGAACUUGUGUGGGUCAAUAAAUCGCAAAAAGAUAUCCACUGCUGAUGUGCAUAUCUGUAACUGUAUUCCUCCUGCUCUAGCCAGAACCAGGACCAGAACCAGAACCAGAGAAAAGUGCAACAAAAUCAAACGAACAACUUUGACAAAGAAAUCAAACCGUUCCUAGAGCUUAACCACGCUACACAACCACCACUGGCUAUCUCUCCCAGCCAAGCUGUAUCUCUAUCGAUAUCCUUGCAGUAACAGUAGCAAUAGCAACAGAAGUAGCUGUAGUGAGAAAUGUAAUUCCUAAGUUUAUAGAGGACGAUAUUUAUACACACACCCACACACACUUACUCUUAUACUCACUCACAUUCACAUACGUAUGCGUUUGUAUGUAUGUACGGUGCAUAUAUUGACCAUAAGCCAGGUGGAAGUGAAACUCAAAUAGCACAGCAAUCCUGCAUCCUGCUAAAGUUUGUACAAAGUUUGAAUCAGGACAAGCGGAAGGAUAAACAAAGGAAGAGCCUUAUCGUAAACCGCACACAUAAGCUCACACUACCUAUCCUAUCCUAUACUAUCCUAUCCGGCGACAACGAUACACAUAAGGAAUAAAUUGGCUAUAAAGCUCAUCGGGCUUCGUCGUCGGUCGUCGGUUGUCUAUAGUUUAUAGUCUAUAGUCGUAGUCAUAGUUUAAGUCAUAGUCGUAGUUAUAGUUAUCGUCGUCGUGUAGUCUCCAUCGUCUCGUCGUCAGUGCAUCGUCAUCGUCAUCGUCGAUUAACUAUAUCAGAAAACCCUCCUUGCAAACAUGACCAAAUUCUGGAUUUACUUUUGGGGAACCAUGGUAACGUGGUAUCCAUGCUUAUCCAAUGGAUAUCUUAACGUGUUCAUUAGUCACAAGGAGGUCAUGAAGCUUAUGGGCCUUGAAGCUGAUUUAUUUUAUGUUCACGAGGGUGCUAUAAACACAUAUGCGAUGCACUUCACAGUACCUGUUCCGGCAGAUGUGCACGACCUGGAAUUCUCAUGGCAGAGUCUAACGACAUAUCCGCUGCCAUACAUAAUCACCAUUGAGUAUAAAUCCGACCAGGGGGCGCUGGCAGCGCCCACCCUUAGUAUACCGCCCAAGGGCUAUGUUCCACAAGCUAUCGAAACAUUCACCGUACAUCUGCCGUGCACGGGAAAUGCAACCGAUCAAGUACCACUUAGCAUCAAUAUGCAUGUUCGGGGUCCACCCAGGACGAAUGACACUAAAUUGGGUUUCAAGCGCAAUAAAAUUUGCCUAAAAGGUCUGUUUCCAGCGCCCAAUCAGUCUCCGGCUCCAGCUCAAGCCCCGUCACAGGGUCCGGCAUUGCUAGGUGCGGCUGCUUGUGCUCUUGGUUUGGUUCUGGUUGUUGGACUGAUAGCCAGUGCCAUGUACGUUCGGGCGAGAAAACAAAUUCGUCAGGAUUCUUUGCAUACAAGCUUUACAACAGCUGCCUACGGAAGCCACCAAAAUGUGUUUAUACGAUUGGAUCCUCUGGGACGGCCACCGAGUGUGAACAGCGGAUCAUAUGCGACGAUUGCCAGCCUGAAUAAGUUCCCGCUGACAGAGUCAAAAAAGUCAUGUAAUAUAUUUGAUAGAUUUCGUGGUUCACCUACACCAUCACCAUAUGCGACAGCUCUAUUGCCAAUGGGUGACCAGAUAGCAGAGACGAUAUACUCAAAACCCGAAUCAGUGUGUCCCUCGAGGAUUUCGUAUUAUGCUUCAUCGCAGCUUACUCAGGUGUAUAGCAUGUCAACACCGAAAAGUACUCGGGGUAGUGCGGGUAAUGAUUCAAAGGAGAAACUUCGACGGAUUCCGAGCGUUCAGCCGGGAACUCUUCUUUGUCAGCAUUUGAUCAAAGAGGGAACGUAUGGCCGGAUUUAUGCCGGCAGAAUAGGCGAUUCCUGUGAUAUACUUAUAAAAACUGUUGUAGAUGGUGCAUCAUUGACACAAGUUGCAUGUCUACUGCAAGACGCAUCGAUGUUAAUUGGUGUGAGUCAUCAGAAUAUUCUGGCACCAAUGAUGGCGAAUACUGAAUUGCCAGGCCCACCUGAAAUAGCUUAUCCCAAUCCAGCUAAGGGCAAUUUAAAAAUAUUUCUUCAAAAAUCAAGAGAAACAAAUUCCCCACUCAGUACGCGAACCCUUGUGGAGUUUGGAUUGCAUGUUACUAAGGGCUUGGCCCAUCUACACUCUUUAGGAAUCUUACACAAGGAUAUAGCUACCCGAAACUGCUAUCUGGACUCGGAAUCCUAUGUGAAAAUUUGUGAUAGCGCGUUAUCGCGUGACCUAUUUCCCGAUGAUUACCACUGCCUGGGUGACAACGAAAACCGCCCCCUCAAAUGGAUGGCCCUUGAGACGUUACAGAAAAAAUACUACUCCGGCACUAGUGAUAUAUGGAGUUUGGGUGUACUAUUCUGGGAAUUGGCAACUCUAGCGACGAUACCAUUUGAAGAAGUGGAUAUAUUUGAACUGACGCCAUACCUUAUGGAUGGCUUUAGACUUGGACAGCCUAUUAACUGUCCAGAUGAGUUCUUCACUGUGAUGUCAUGCUGUUGGCUAACCGAUCCAAAGCAGAGGCCUUCAUUUCCUCAGUUGUUGGCCUAUUUGCAGGAUUUUCACGAAGACUUGGGAAAAUAUAUUUAGAAAAUCUAGAAUUGGGUUUUGUAAAGUUUUUUUUUCGUUAAAGAAAAAAAGUUAAGGCAUUACUCUCACAAAAAUAAAAUUAAAUUAAAAAUGUAAACAAAAUAAAAAUAAUAAAAAAAUAUAUUAAAUGAAAAUCGACUGAUUUGUGCAGGCACUAAAAACAAAUUAAACACUCUGCACACUAAUUUGUUAUAUAUACAAACAAAAAUAUGAAUUAUUAUUAAGCAUAAUAAAUUAUACUCAUAAAACAUCAUGAAAUAAAGAAAAGAGUUUGGUCAAAAAAAUUAACUAGAUUAAUGUUCAAUUUAAUUACAAAAAACAAAAAUAGAAUUGAUCUUAAUCAGCGAGCUAAGGAGGAACAAACAAAAAAAAUACAUAUAUAUUUAUUGUAGAUUAUAAAGUUAUUAAGAAAUAUUUUUUAUUUUAAAUUAGAUAGAUUUACUAUAGGAACGAAAAAGAAAAAAAAAUAUAUUUAAUAUUUAUAUGAGCAAAAAUAAAAUAAAUUAAUUAAAUGUAGUUACAUUUUAUACUUAUAAGAUUGAGAGUAAAUUCUGUAAAAAAUAUAAUAAAAUUAAAUAGUUUUUGGUAGAAAAUUAAAUAAACAAACAAAAAAUUAACAAUAUUACGAAGAUGAAGAUUUAAAAACAGAAAAAAACAAACAAAUAAAUAAUUUUAAAAAAAAUGGUAGAUAGGAGAAAAUCAAAAAAUUAAAUAAUAAAAAUAAAUUCGGCUGCAAAAAUAAUCAUCUAACCACUGUUUUUAUCAGAUUAUACAUAUAUAAACAGAUUUCUAGGUCAUUAGUUCCUAAAAAAUAGCAAUUUUAUUUUAACUUUAUACGCGAUCGUAUCUACACCAUCAGCUACACAUGGAUAGGUAUAUACAGAUUUCAUUUUUUAAUUUCAAUUACACAUACCUGGCAAUACUUUUUUUACUAAUUUUACGUAAAAUUCGUUGAAAAGUGAUAUUGAAGGCAUAUUUUUCGAGGACCUACAGUGGAAGCAAGGGAAUGAAGGUCUUACUCCAAAAAUUAGACUUCUAACGCAUUAUGCAGACAUUUUGAUACGCAUUAUAAAAGCAGUGUUGUUAUAAGAUUUCUAAUUACCAGUGGAUUUUAUUGAAAUGUUCUUUUAGUUAUCAAAAAACUACCUACGAAUAUAAUAUUGCUAUCCUGUUUAGUUAAUGAACGUAUAUGCAAAAUGUUUUGUUGUUAGUUUAUAUGCAACCAUUCCUCUUCAAAUCUUCAUCUACCUAUACCUAUAUACACAUUUAAAAAUAAAAUAAAAUGAAUUUAACAACAAAGAAACAUCAACAACAACAAUAUUUUAUAAAUUCUUACAACUAAAAUCUUCAAACAAAGGAGGAAACACAGGGUGACACUUAUGUAUCUAUGUAAUGUUUAUAUUUAUUUUUUUAUAAAAUUUUCUAUUCUAAAAUCUCGUGUAUUUAAAAAAACAAAAAAGUUUAUCAAUAAAAUUUUGUAUAGAAAAUAUAAUAUACCUAAAUAAUGUGUUAAAUGUUUCUGUUUUAUUUUUAUUUAUUUCUAUUUUUAAUUAAACUAUAAAUUUAUUGUUAAAUGUUUGUAUAGUAAACUGUAUUUUUUAUUUAUUUUAAUUUAAGAUUUAACUUUCAAACUAUAAAAACAAUGUUAUAUAAAGGAAAACAAAAGAGAAGUAUGAAAAAACAAACAGUGUUAUGUCUGUGUAUGUUUCAAUGUCAUUUUUACUAUAAAACUAAAUGUCUUUAAAAAUAAAAACAAACAAACUGUUACUUAAAAAUGUAGAUGUUUUUCACCAAAACAAAUUUGAAAAUAAAAUAAAUUAAAUUUUAAAAAACAACAAAACCGAAAAAUCAUUGAAUUGAUAAAAUCCCAAAAAAAACUAAGAAAAUGAAAUAAAAUUUAAACAAAAACAUUCUUAAAAUCUGUAGCUAAAAACUUUCUUAUAUUCUCCUAAAACAAAAACAAAAUACUACAUACAUUAAAUAAUUACUAAACUAUACAUUCACUUAAACACUCUCUCUUAUCCUACUCAAUGUGCAAUAGAAAACUCAUAGUUUAAUCGAGUACAAAACGAAAAUUUAAACAAACAAAACAAAUAAAACAAAUAAAGCUAAACGAAAACAUAAAACAUUAUAUUUUGUAAAUAAAAAACAUGCAAAUGAAGGAAAGAAAAAUAAAACAAAAAACUAAAUAGAAUAUACGUAUGUAAAUGUGAAACACUCAAUUAAUGUUUUUAUUGUAUUUUUCUCUUAAAACUAAAAACUAAAAAACUAAAAAAACAACAAAAACAAAAAACUUUUAAACAAAAAUAAUGGUUGCAUGGAAUUUGGCCCAGAAUAUCAAAUGAGAAAAACAAAUUAUUAUUAUUAUGAUUAUUAUAUAUGUAAAUGUAUAUGGUGAGGAUUUAGCAUUAAAAUGGUUCGAAUGAAUAAAGAUUAUAUUAUUUGGAAAAAAUCAAAAAAACAAAA